UUAAAGAUGAUUCUUGCAUUAAUUCUUCUGAUAUGUGCAUUUGAUUCGGUCUUGGCCCAGAGAACCUACUGCCAAUUGCCAGAUCCAAUUUUUAAUGAUGGCGUAAAAAAUUCAACUUGGGGUGAUACAGAUCCUUCUGAUUGGAAUUAUUUGAACUCUAAUGAUUGGAAAUGUACUUUAUUUGCGUUAAGAGUGUAGCCAAGGUUGUUACAUGUGGUGCUAGCUUUUAAUCUCCCAUAAACAUAAUAACGACAGCAGCCACAAAAGAAAGUACGUUCCCAGCAAUUAAUUAUAUAUUGAAGUCUUCAACCAAAAAUUACUUUGAGGCUCAGCGUAUAUCUCUUAAAAUAAUAUUUCAGGGGAUUAUACCAAAGAAUUAGAGGGAGAGUACGAUUUCAUCACUGCAUAUGAUUUAUCCAAUUCACAAUACAAAUACUACGCUAGGCAGUUCCAUAUUCACACACCUUCUGAACAUUAAGUAGAUGGGAAAAACUUUGAUUUAGAAGUUCAUUUCGUGCAUCAAGUACACUUUUCAAUUUAUCAGGCUGUUGAAGAUGGUGAAUAGAGUUGUAAUGACAUUAGAAACAAACUGACUGUCUUUGGACUGCUCUUCCAACAGUCCAACACUGCAAGCGAUUAUGAAGUAUUCAAGCCAUGGUUUGAUGACACCGUGAAUAGAGUUACAUCCUUUGAUAUGAAGUAAUCACUCCCUAUAACAAAGUGACUUCUUCCAAAAAAUGACUGACAAAACCUAUUAUCACUACACAGGCAGUCUCACGACUAUGUAUAUUCUCAGAAACUAACAAUAGACCUUGCUCUUAAACAGUUAACUGGUAUGUUUUUACAUCCCCCUUGCCUAUCUCUAAAUCGCAAUUCAAACAAUUCCAAGAUUUCCUUGACAAUGAUGAUUUCUUCCCUAAUAAAGCCAACAAUCGUCCCGUCCAAAAUCUUAAUGGACGUACCUUAUACAAAGGAGUAAAUUUAUUCGACUAAGUCCUAGACGGCCUCUUUCAAUGGAGUGACAUCCCUUCCUGUUAUUGAAGCCUCUUGGAGCUCCAUCAUCCAGAUGGCUUUGCUAUUAUUAGUCUAAUUGAUGAUAACGAUAUGACAUAAAAUUCUAUAGAUGAUCU